UUCGUGUGCAUACAUUUUCUAUAGUUGGAUUAUUUCCCUUAGCUAUUAUCAAUGUUAUUUGUUAUGGGAAGUUGAUGAAGGUGGAGCAAGUCAGUUUCCUUUCGGAGCUUUUAUUAAUUAAUACCACGUGACUGGUGACGUAUACGUAAAUAAACGAAAAGCAAACCAAAACAUCAACAAAGAAGUAUCAUGUCAUCGACACAAAAAAUUGAAGACUCAUGGAUAGAACUUAGUGGGGGAGUUACGCCACCAAUUGAAGCUCAGUCCAUAUACAAUGGUAACUUAGAAAAGUUACUGAUCGAAGCCCAAAGAGAAUCUAGAUCAUCAUCAAGACCUAACAGUAAAGAAUCAUCAGCCAGGGGCAGUCCUAAAGGUCUGCACAGUCCUACAAAUGAAUUAUCAAAUGCUGAAACAACACAGGAAAACCGAGAUCCAGGUACAGAUUGGAUUUGGGACUGGUCCAGUAGACCUGAAGCCUUACCUCCAAGUGAUUUGGGAGCACGUUUCAAACACCCAAGAAAAUCUGGAUUUAGAAGUUCACAAAUGAUACGAAAAGAAGAUGCUUACAGCCUGAAGUACAUUAUUAUAUCAAAUGCCUGCUCCUUUGUUGUAGGAAUUGGUCUUGCCAGUCUGGGAUUCUAUUUUGUAAUAAAGAGAUACUGCAGAUGUAGUAAUUUAAUGAUCUCAAACUAAUGGAUAAGGACAAGAUAAUGGAACAAAAGUAUUUUUUCAUCGGAAAUCUUAUUAAAAAUCAUAGUGAUUAUCUCUGAUUUUGUAUAUGAGGGGAGAUGAUAUUGAAUUGGAUUAUUUUUGUACCAUCAUAAUUUUUACCCCUCUUACUUACAAAUGUAUGCAUAAGAUUUAUCUCAAUUAUUAGAUGCUUUUUUGAUUUCUGGUAAAAUUUCUACAAUAUACAACAGUAAACAUUGAAGCCAGCUUCAAGUUGUUUAACUGAUUUUACCAUGGCUAGUGGCUUUUUUAGUUUUCAUUAAUAAAUAGUGAAUAAAUAUAAAACUGUCGGUUAUUUCAUGCUUGCUUUUCAGUUUCCAGUUAUUUGAUACUUAUCAGUCACCUCACUAUAUAAUACAAAUGUUCUUGAACAAUACAAAUGCUAUUUAAAAAAACUAAGAGCAGAUAAUUCCAAUGUCAAUAUCUGUUUGUAGAAGCCAUCCAGAAGCUAGCAAUUGUAAAGUCAUUUCCAUUUUUUGAUUAUGAUUAAAAAAAUUUAGAUGUUAAUGAAACUAUUUUUUAUACACAAAUGUAUUUUAGAUAGUUUUAAACUUUUAAGAGUUGUUGAAAAAAAAAUUGUAAUAAAAAUUGUCUGUUAAGGAUCAUUUUGAUUUUAUUUGAUAAGAAAUUUAAAAAAGAUUAAAAAAAGAAAAUUAUGACAAUUUUAUUAGUAAUAGUUGAUAUAUAUAUCUCAUAGGAAACUUUAAAGAUGUAGAUUUAAAUGCAUGUAUAUACUAUAAAUGUAUUUUGUUGUAAACUGAAUUACUUUAAUAUAAGUAACAUUUGACUGAGCACUAGUAGGUUGACAUUUCUCUUCAUUGUUUUAUAAUAUGAAUGAACAUUGCAGUAUUUUCUCAUACAGAUUUUUCAUACAGAUAAACAUAGGUUACAAAUAUAAAUGAUACAGCAUCAUUAGCUAAAAUUACUUUAAUGAGGGUUUGGAUGGGAUUAAAUGAUUAAAGAAUAAUGCCCUUAAAAAAUGAAGGUUAGAGAAUAACGGGCCAAAAAAUGAAGGUUCGAGAAAAAAGGGGGUAAUUUUUUGAAGAUAAGAGAAAAAAGGGGUGAAAAUUAAAUGUCUACAGAAUAAUAGACCCCCCCCCCCCUACCCCAUCCAGACCCUCUUUGAUAAGAUUUCAAUUUUAUCUGUUGUUUGAUGUAUAUUCUUCCAAAGCCACAUUUUAGUAGAAUCUUAACAAAUUAUUCAGUUGUGAUUUUCUAAAACCGUUAUGUAGUUGGUUCUGGAUAUGUCAAAUUUCACAAAUUUCAAUCUGUGUGAAUUAAAUAAUGAAAAUGAUUGUUAAUUUAAAGUGUAUCACCUUGCAAUAUGCAAUCAUUAUUCAUGUAUGUAUGUUAAACUUUUCAAAUACCAAAAAAAGUAAUCUGCUUGUCAUUAGAGGCAAUUUUCACCUCAAUGAGUAAAAAAUAUUUUAACAAUUUUGUAGGUAUUUAUAUUUAAUGUUUCGAUACAUAGCUCCUUUUUACUUUUUAUAUGUUUCUGAAAUACAUGCAAAGAAAGCAAAAUAAAUCUGUUUGCAUUAUGCAUAACUACAUGUAUUUAAAAUAGCGGAUACCAUGUUAAUAGAAGAAAUAGGGCAGACAUGAUGAUUGUUAAUUUAGUUUAGAUUUUGGACUUUCUUUUCCGGUGAAGAAAUUUAGAAAAGCUUUUCUUAGUUUCAAAUCAUAUGCAAAAAACACACAGUUUUGAGUUAUUUCAUAUUUUCUCAUUAUACUAUAAUUUUCUUAUUCAUUGAAAAGUCCAGUAAAAUUCUAGGUUGCAUACUUUCUUUUAACACAGAGUUUAGUAUUUGCACAACAAUCUCUACAAAAAGCAGUUUAGAAAAUAUAGAUACACACACAAUGUACCAUGUUUAGAUGAAAACAUUGCCUUUCCUUAUUUUUGAAGCCAGUACAAAUUAAUUUGGUAUUUUUUUAAACUUUUGAAUAUAUUGUAUUUGUAUGCCUUUCAAAUUGUACUUCCUAAGUCAUAUGGAACUUGUUUGUAUAUUUAAUGAAAAUUUGAAAUGAUACAUGUACUUACAGGAAUUGUAUUCAUUGUUUUAUAAUGUGUAAUUUCUGUUUUAUAUGAUGUUUUCCCCUUACACUUACUGCUAUGGUUGAUUAAACAUAUUUUUUUUAACAGUUUUACUCAACUUACAAAUAUAUUUUGUUUUGUUGUUUUUAAAUUUAUUUUAAUUGUUAAGAUAUAUUAUCUGAAAUAUUAUUUGUCUUAAUUGUGACCUAUUUUUUUUUUUUUUUUUUGCCUCUCAUUAUUUCAGGAUAAAAUAUUAAACUAAUCAGAUGUGUCAAUAUUGCAAUUAAGACAAAAUGAACUGAAAAAUUAUACACUUUUGUUAUACUUAAAACAAAAUAUUGCCUUGUAUUUAAACAAGUAUUUUCUCAUUUUUACAGUGUCACUAAUAUAUAAAGUUAACCCUUAAGCGUAAAUUUGAUUUUUGAUUGAACAUUCCUGAAGUUCCACCAGAGAAUGGAAUGGAUGGAAUUUUUCCAGUUUUUUUAUAAUUCCAUCAUUAAUCAAAAUGAUGUUCAUUAUAAUCUUGUCAAGUUUUAUAUGCAAAUAGGGUGUUAUUUCGGUGAUGCUUUUGAGAAAAUAGUUUAUUUUGGAUAGUGUUUACAAUAAAUUUUCAAGUUGCAGAUAAGAUGAUUUUUAAAGUUAAAAAUAAUGUUAGCUAAUAUAACUGGGUUUGGUAACAAUGUCAAGAAUAUGAUAUUCUGUAUGACCCAAAGGAUAUAAUUAAUAUAGGUAUUUUAUUGUGAAAGGUAUUACCACUCUUAUACAAAGAUAUAUAAUAUAUUGCCCUCUCUCUAUAACAUUCUAUUCUAUGGACUUGGGGAAAUGUGCUUACUCAUAUAUGUUAUCACUUUUGUGUUUUAGUUUAACAUCGCACUAAAUUUAUUCAUCUUGGGGGUUUGCUGUAGCAGAAUGAACUAAUUUGAAUGAUCAUAUAAAUGAAUAGAUGAACAUUUGAUAAUUUUCUAAUCUGGUUAUUGUUAAGAAUAUUGUUUUAUCAGUGUAACAAGCUAUUAGUGCAGUCAUCAUUGUUAAUUUUAAGAUGUAUAAUAGUUAAUCACAAACUAGAUCCCACUGUAUGUAAUUUUUCUGUUGAAAUUCUUUUUCCUUUAUAUAUAUCACAUACCUAUAUAUAAAUGGCAUUUCCUAUGUUACGAAUCUUUAAAUCAGUCUGACUUUGAAUUAUGGAAAGAAAAUUUGAUAAGUAUGUAGGAUAGUUAACAUUGUUAUGUGUUCAUAAAUGUGUAUUACUGAUCUGGAGCAUUGAUGUGAGAGUUGUCUUCCUUUUGAUAAUACUAAUUUUACCAUUCAAAUAAUUAUUUAGAUGUAUAAUCUCUUAUUAUAAGGCACAUUUGGGUUUAGGCGGCACAUAUUUAUUAUUAGAAGUAGGAAUUAUUUUGCAUUCAAAAACUAAAUAACUUGGUAGCAGUUUUAAUCAUGGAUACUAAUUUUCAUGGUUUAUAGAAAAAAAUCAUGAUCCAUGUGGGUUCUUGAAUGUAAAGAUUCAACUUUUGGUCCACUUAUCUAAUCAAUGCAAAAUAUACAUUUUUUUUACAAUUCGAAUUUCAAAGUUGGAUUUUAUUCUAAUGUAGUAUGAAAACACAUGUUGAGUUUUGAUGUCCACAAAAUCUAUGAAAAGAUAUCCUGAUUAUUUAUUGCUAUAAGUUAUUCUUGUAUGCCUGUAGAUUUUAUCAACUACACUUUGGUGAAGGGUUUCAAUGCACAAAUUAACUCCAUAUUUUGAAGCUAAAACUAAUAUGUUAACUGAUGUAUUUUGAAAAUUUUGAUGGUUGAAAGGAAGGCCAAUUUUUCACUCUUGCAAGUUGUGUAAAUAUUGUAUGUGAUAAUUUUGACAGCAUUAUUGUUGAUUGGCGGGUAUGUAAUUGUGAUUUUGAAAAUUAAAUCUGUUGUAUCUUAUUUAAAAUAAUGUGAAAAGAUCUGGAAAAGAGAAUGUUAUGUAAAAAUAUGUAUUUUUCUUAAUAUGGCUUCCACUUUUUCCACCUUUGACUGUAAACAUGAAUUUGGUCUUAUCUGCACAUGUGGAAGUAUCAUGUAUAAUUAGUGGAAAAAAUAAAGGUUUAGAAAACUGG